CGAGCACCGCACGGUGCCAGGAGUGCCAAGGAGUGAAGCAAAAAGCACACAAGUUUGGAGGAGGAGGGAAACACGUUCCCUCACUGGGAGGAAACCUUUUCCAGCCCUCCUCAAGUCACUCCCUGCUGCAAACUUCCCCGGAUCGCCUCCCGCGCACCAGCGAGCCAGGCAGAGAUUUGGUCGGGGACUCUCGCCGCGGCAGCAUGUUUCAGCCCACACCCAAGCGGUGUUUCACCAUCGAGUCGCUGGUGGCCAAAGACAGCCCCUUGCCCGCGUCUCGCUCCGAGGAUCCUAUCCGGCCGGCGGCGCUGAGCUAUGCCAAUUCCAGCCCGAUGAACCCUUUCCUCAACGGCUUCCACUCCACCGGCAGGGGAGUCUACUCCAACCCGGACUUGGUCUUUGCGGAGGCCGUCUCCCACCCGCCUAACCCGGCCGUGCCGGUCCAUCCCGUGCCCCCUCCCCACGCCCUGGCCGCCCACCCCCUGCCGGCCUCGCACUCCACGCACCCGCUCUUCGCCUCGCAGCAGAGGGACCCCUCCACCUUCUACCCCUGGCUAAUACACCGGUACCGGUAUCUGGGCCACAGGUUUCAAGGGAAUGAAACCAGCCCAGAGAGCUUCCUAUUGCACAAUGCACUGGCCAGGAAACCCAAACGGAUCCGUACAGCUUUCUCCCCAUCCCAAUUACUGAGACUGGAACAUGCCUUCGAGAAGAACCAUUAUGUAGUAGGAGCAGAGAGAAAACAGCUGGCGCACAGCCUCAGCCUCACGGAAACUCAGGUAAAAGUAUGGUUUCAGAACAGAAGGACAAAGUUCAAGCGGCAAAAGCUGGAAGAGGAAGGCUCAGACUCGCAACAGAAGAAGAAAGGGACUCAUCAUAUUAACCGGUGGAGAAUCGCCACCAAACAGGCCAGUCCAGAAGAAAUCGACGUCACGUCGGACGAUUAAGAAGUGGCACUUUGGGACUUUUCAAGCCAGCCAGCCCCCCGAGAGAAAGUGUUAAAGGCUCACACACACCAACGUGGCGGUACGGGGAAGGGACACCGAGAUCUUCGACAAAACGCGAUUCCCGGCUAGGAGGGCAGCUGAGAGCGAGCGAGGGCGAGACUGCGAGAGGUCCAAACUGUGGCACUGCUGGCACAACUCUGGCAAAAGGGAUCUGUCAAUCAAAGACAAACCACCGAGACGAGGUGAUUGACAGGUAUUCCGUUUCUCGCAGUCCACUUUUAAAAACAUUUCGUCUAAAAAUUUUAAAAACUUAAAAAAAAUCUUUAAAAGAAAAAAUAAAAAAAAAAAUCCGACUUACAGGACAUUUUGCACUUCACAGUUUUUUCCGUCUUUAAAAGAAAAAUUUCCAUAAACAGCCAAAACCCACACCUGUUUCCGAAACUUGAAUUGCAUGUGUAAAGCCGUCUGAGCAAAAAAGAAAAAAAAAGAAAAAAAAGGAAAAAAAAGGAAAAAAAUUACCCUGGUUCCUAAAAACAAAAAUGAAUUGUAAUUUUUCCCUUUAAGACAGGUUCUGUGUGCUUUUUAAUUUUAUUUUACGAGAAAUGUGCAGUCUGUAAACAUUUUAUGAUAACUUCUGGCGUCAAAGUGUUUGUGAAAGCUAAAUGAAGUAGCAGUAACAAAGCAUAGUGUUCCUUCCGGAUGGGCAAACACGGUGGGGCAGGGGAGGGACGGGGUGGGGGGGGAUUGGGGCUGGUCAUGAUUUCUGCUGCCAAAAAGAAAAAUCUAAUCUAAUCUAUUACCCCCCCCAAUUAAUCCCCAUUGCGAAACCGGAUUAUGAUUAUUUUUAAAAAUAAAUAAAGCGCAAACCCAGCGACCAGGUUUGGCGGUGGGGAUACCUCCCAAGCUGGGAGGAUGCAGAAAAAAGGGACUUAAAAUCGCGGAUUAAUUUUUUUUUCCUAAUGGCCAUUUUCAUUGGGGCAAUUUUCAAGCACUGACCUUAUAUUAUUCCGAGAUUAUAGAGCUACUAAAAAAGUGACAAAUGUUUCCUUCAUGUCUUCUAUACCAGAAUGUAAAUAUUUUUGUGUUUUGUGUUUAAUUUGUUAGAAUUCUAACACACUAUAUACUUCCAAGAAGUAUGUCAUUGUCAAUAUUUUGUCAAUAAAGAUUUAUCAAUAUGCCCUAAAA